GGUGCCGGAGCAGCUGCGCCGCCGCCUCGGAGCUCCUCCCAGAGCCGAGCAGCUGCCUGGCAAGUGCUUGCAGGAAGCAAUAUUUAAAACAGCUACGCUAACAUGUGAGAAGCAGAGGGCUGUGGCGGGGCUGAGCGCCGCUGCCGCGCAAUGGGCGGUUUGUCACGUAGCGAUCCGCGGGCAGGAAGGCUAUGAGCUGUGCGCGCCGCGGAGGACGAGCAGAGGAAGGCUGCCGCUGCCCGGGGCGCCGGCUGCCCUCCCGCCGGAGCUCUGCUGCGCCGCGCAGCUCCCGCAGAGCACGCUCUGCUGCCUCCCCUGCCUCCCUGCGCGGCGGCCGUGCUGCUGACUGCUCAGGUAACCCCCACGGCAACUUGAGAAGUUAACCGGGGAGAUGUAACCUGAGAUUCGGACAUUUUGCAGACUCAUUCUUGUGAGGCUCUGGGACAUUUGAAAGUGAUUUGGAGAGAGCAAAGUCUGUGUCUGAUGGACACCGAACCAAAGCCAGCGUGUGUCAUGCAGCAGGCUCAGUGCCCAGGAAUGAAGUGCCCUCCUUCAGAGGACUUUCCUCCUCAGGUGAGAUUGUCUGAAAAAAUCCCCCCAGUGAAGCCUUGUUUCAAGAAAAAGCAGCAAGUGCAGAAGAGACUGGACACAGAAACUCUGCGGGCUUUGCGGCCAAUCUUUACCAGUUUGCUGGGAGCUGGAACCCUGGAUAGAGUCUUUGUGCCCCGAGGCCAAGGUAGUGGUGACAGUGAUUUAUGUGAACCUGCUGUGAAAAAGGCUCUGGAACUCAGUUCUUCUUGCCCCCAACCAGAAGGUAAUGUGACUGUGUUGAUGCCAACAGCUCCAGAUGUACAAAGUCAACUGCCAGUAGCUCAUCCUUCUUCUGGGCAUCCUGAGCAGGAGGUCCAGUCAGGAGAGCAAGGCUUCUCAUCAGAAACUACUCCUGGAACUGCUGCUAAUACUAGUAAUGGAUCGUUCCAGGAUCAUCCUUUGCACGUACCUUCUAGUGAUGCUGCAGCUUGUCCACUGUUCCCAGACAAGGUUCUAGAAAGCUACACAUCUGGCUUAUUCCAAGAGAACAGCUGUCCAAUGCAAUACAACUUAAACCCAAGUGAUAAAUUCAGUGCUGGGAUAUUCCAGGAUAAAAGUGAAGAAGCUUCUCUUGAUCUGGUAUUUGAACUCUUGAACCAACUGCAAUAUCACACCCAUCAGGAGGAUGGAGUAGAAAUCUGUGUGGAUUUUCUGCAGGGCACUUGUGUUUAUGGCAGUGAUUGUCCCAAACAUCACACAGUGUUGCCAUAUCACUGGCAAGUGAGAAGGACAACAACUCAGUGUUGGCAAAGCGUGACCAACGAUUCCCAGGAACAUCUGGAAAGACUCUACUGCAACCCUGACAAUGACAGGAUCAAAGUGAAAUAUCGGGGACAUGAAUUUUGGGCGGAUUUGAAUGUUAUGAAAUUAUAUGAAACUGUUGAGUUUGACCAAAUGCGAAGGCUAUCCACACCUUCCUGCCCCAGCUCCACCUCCAACUACUACACAGUCUGGAAGUACUUCUGCAGGGACCACUUUGGUUGGAGAGAAUACUCUGAGCCAGUUGUAAGACUGAUAGAAGAAGCCAGCUGCCGGGGUCUGAAAGAAGUUCGGUUUGUUACCUGGCAUAAUCAAUAUAUCUUAAAUAUCAAAGAUGGAUUCCAGCAAAAUGCGUGCUUCAGAAGAGAAAUCAAGAGGAGACCCCUUCUUCGUUCAUGCGUUGUGCUGAUGCCAUUUUUACAGACUUUAGGUGGCAAUUCUCCAGUACCCUGUCCACCGACGGAACCAGUUUCUUCACAAGUCUUAUCUCCAACUGCUGUUACCUCUCCAAACUUCUACCCUGAGACUUGGAUUAGUAUGGAUCCAUCUCAGGACUUCAUCCAAGUGCCUGUUUCAAAGGAAGAUAAAAGCUAUAGAACCAUUUAUAAUCUGUUUCACAAGACUGUGCCGGAGACCAAAUACAAAAUUUUGAAAAUUCUGAGAGUGCAAAACCAGUUUCUUUGGGAGAAAUAUAAAAGGAAAAAGGAAUAUAUGUCUAAAAAAAUGACUGGGCUUGACAGAAUAAUGAAUGAAAGGCAUUUGUUCCAUGGCACCUCCCAGGACGUAGUGGAUGGAAUCUGCAAGCACAACUUUGACCCACGUGUCUGUGGGAAGCAUGCUACCAUGUUUGGACAAGGCAGUUACUUUGCCAGAAAGGCAAGCUAUUCUCAUAACUUUUCCAAAAGGUCACCCAAAGGAGUUCAUUACAUGUUUUUGGCUAAAGUACUGACAGGAAGAUACACAGUGGGCAAUCACACCAUGAGGAGACCUCCACCUGUGAACCCUGGCAGCAUUACUAGUGACCUCUAUGACUCUUGUGUGGACAAUUACUUUGAGCCUCAGAUUUUUGUCAUUUUUAAUGAUGAUCAGAGCUACCCGUAUUUUAUUAUCCAAUAUGAAGAAGUUAGCAACACUGUCUCUAUUUGAAAAUCUGUGCUGCUAAAUUAUUCAUUUUAAUAAACUCUAUUAUCUGACAUUUGUAGCAGCUUUUGUGGAAAAAAUUUGGACAUUGUAGAACUGAUUAAAAUUACUUGAUUGGAAGGAAGGAAAUCUCAAAAUACGAAAAAGAAGAUCUGAAGUGACCAAUUGUGCACUUGCUAUUUGAUUAUGUAUGUGCAAAUUGUAAAUAUCUUUCCAUUGUUUAUAGUUGAAAAUCUAUACCUUUUGUUAUAAAACACUGUUUAUUUAUGUUAGUAAAUAUUCAUGCUUAAAAAUGUUUGUGCAUAUAAUUUCAAUUGUUAUGUGUGUAUUACUUUGGCGAGAAAAUUGUUUAUGCCCUGAUCUUGAAAUCUGUUGGAUAGCCAUUUCUAAAUAAUCAGAACCAGAUAAAUUUCGCCCCAAGAAUAUUAAAUAAGAGAUUCUCCCAACCAUUACUUUUUAUUAAUUUAUUUAGAGAGCCAAGCAAAAUUUACAUGCAGAAAGAUGGAGGGAGAUCACAAAACUAACAUUCUGCUCAUAUUUCAGGUUAUUAAACAUGACAGUACAAAUAAAUGCAUCAUUUUCUAACAUCAAUCCUAAAUAAAAUUAGGAAAAGAUGAGUAUGGAAUACAGUCUGUGAGGGUUUAAAGCAGUAUGGUUUCACAGCAGCUUAUGGCUCAACAAGUUUAUCAUUUUUCUCUGCUCUGGCCUUGCGGUGGGGGUGGGAACACCAUCUGGGAAGCGGUCAAAAGCCAUGUCUGUGCUACUGAACCUGUACACAGCUGGGCAUGUGCCAUCCAGUCCCCAUUACUUUCAAACACUCUGAAUUAAAGGAGGAUAGCUUUAUGGAACAUGCAUCUUGGAAAAGAAACCUCAAGCCUUCUUUUAGAUGAGAUCUUAAAUUUGAUAAAGGAUGAAGAUUUUUGUUAAUGUCCCUUAAAAUUAAUGAGGCUGAUAUUAAAUGAAUUAAAAAUUGAUUGAUACAUUUAAAAAUAACUGUGAACAUGUAAUCCUCAUUUAAUUAGGGUGUUUUUGUUUUUUCCAGGCAGCUAUGCUUGGCUCAGUUGCUCUUCAGUAUCUUUAGUGGUGAUCUGGAAAAGAAAUGUAAAGUCAUCAGUAAUAUUUGCAAGUGACCCCAAACCAGAAAUGAUAAAUAAUGAAAUAGACAGGUCAGUCAUUCAGAGCAGCCGGUAUUGCUUGGUAAGGUAAGCUCUUUCGAACAACAUGUGUUUUAAUGCAUCCUGAUGCAAGAUUAUCUAUUUGUAUUUUGAAGGCAGGAAGAGAAACAGUAUGUAGCACAGAGUUACAGAACAGGAAACUUAUACGAGAAUGCUGUUCAACUAAAAGACUUGGUAAUCAGCUGAGAAUCUACAUUAGCAGUAGCAUCAUAGGCUUAAGGCACAGGUCUCCACAGCUGAGGGAAUGGGAGUUCCAUCCAUUGAACUUGCGUAUUCUGGUUGGAAUAUCUGAAAUCAUUAUAUAUAUUUUUUAAUCUAGUUAUGCUUUAAGAAAAAAACAAGUCUUUAAAGUGGCAUCUGAAGUAAUUUCAGAACUGUGAUUUAAAAUUCAGGAAAAGUUAAGUAAAUAAUCUCCAUUCCAAAUCUUGGCAUAUUUUGCACUUGCAGUUCAGUCUGUUUUUUCUGAGUCAUUUCUGAAGUAUCGUGCCACUGUGAAAGCAGCAUGCUCAGAAUUCACAAGACUCCACCUAGCCUCCUUGGCAGCGACCUUCCCUGCCUGCUCACACUGUGCUCUGUCACUGACUGGCGGUUGGGUUUGUUUCACCAAAGUAACUAAAAGUUUGUCGCAGGCACACUCAGGUCCCUGCUAGCUUGUGUUCUACCAUGUGGUUUUAACGAGGCAAUAAGUAUCACAGGCUAGCUAACAUUAUAAAAUUUUAGUUCCAUGACAAGUGUUAUAGUUCACAGCCCAGUGAGGUUAACCUUGAUAUUUCACCUCAAGCAGCUCCAGUGACGCAAAACCAAGACGCCCUGCCCCCAUUAAGUUUUUUACUUACGUUUCUCAUUAUAAAAACAUACACCUCUUUUAUUAGCAUGGAUGUGGCCUAAGAGCAUUUGCCUAAUGUUCACAAAGCACUAGCGGCCAUCGUAUCUGCUCACUGAGGUAGAAGGUGUCAUGAUUUCCUUUGAUGUGAAGGGAGCAUCAGAGUGCUUUUUGCUUCUGUGGCUCAGCAGCAAACCUCCUUCAGCUGAGUAUGGAACUGUUCAUUUAUGCUAAUGUUUUCUGUAUCCACUUUGUGGCCUAAUAAAAACCUGUUUUGUUAUGGGAGAGAA